GCCCGCCCCAUUAAAACGGUGGGAGAAGGAGAAGCUCCUCCUCCUCCCGCCCCCCGAAAUCCGCACCCGAAUCCCGAAACUGACAGGCGGAAAAUCUCCGCCGGGGACCAGAUUCCCCGCCUGGUACGCGCGCGUAAGAACCGUCAUUCGAUUGAUUCAAGUUCUUCUCCCCCCCCCCCUAAUCCAAUUCGCCAAUCCGGCGUUCGAGCGUGCGUGGCGGGCGCUCUUCGCUGCUGUCCUGCUCGCUGAAUUUUUCCGUGCGGAUUUUCCAGCGGAUUUCGGGCCUGGGGCUUUGCUGGGGAGAUCGAUUCCGGAGCCGGAGGGGAUGUCAGGGCCCCUCGACCGAUUAGCCAGGCCAUCUUUUGAAGGAUUUACACAUAAUGAUGGAAAGAAAGAGAGCAGAUCGGAUGCAGACAACUCAGAAGGAGAAAAGAAGACUAAAAUAGCCUCCUUCAAGAAAAAGGCAAUUAACGCAGGGAACAAAUUCAGACAUUCCCUAAGGAGGAGAAGCAAAAAGAAGAAUGAAAAUCAGAUUUCCAUCGAGGACAUAAGACAUGUUCAAGAUCUACAGGCCGUUGAGGCAUUUCGACAGUGCUUGCUUGAUGAGGACUUGUUGCCACAACAACAUGAUGAUUACCACAUGAUGCUGAGGUUCCUGAAGGCACGGAAGUUUGAUGUUGAGAAGGCAAAGCUUAUGUGGUCUGAUAUGCUUGCAUGGAGAAAGGAAUUUGGGACCGACAAUAUAGAGGAAUUUGAUUACUCUGAGUUAAACGAAGUUAUGCAGUAUUAUCCACAGUUUUACCAUGGGGUGGAUAAAGAUGGUAGACCUGUCUAUGUGGAGCUAAUAGGAAAAGUUGAUGCCAACAAGCUGGUGCAAGUAACAACUAUAGACCGGUAUGUGAAAUAUCAUGUCAAGGAGUUUGAGAAAUGUUUCCAGAUGAGAUUUCCAGCUUGCUCAAUUGCUGCAAAACGGCACCUGGACUCAUGCACUACUAUUCUGGAUGUGCAAGGCGUGGGAUUGAAGAACUUCGCAAAAUGUGCAAGGGAACUAAUCACCCGACUGCAGAAGAUUGACAGUGAUAACUACCCAGAGACAUUAUGCCGGAUGUACAUAAUUAACGCUGGUCAAGGCUUCAAGAUGUUAUGGGGCACAAUAAAGUCUUUUCUUGAUCCGAAAACUGCUUCAAAGAUCCAUGUUCUUGGAACCAAGUAUCAAAAUAAGCUCCUUGAAAUAAUCGAUGAGAGUGAAUUGCCAGAAUUUUUUGGUGGCAAAUGCAAGUGUGAAGAACAUGGAGGUUGUCAGAGAUCAGAUAAAGGUCCUUGGAAGGAUCCCACCACAAUAAAGAGGGUCCUUAACGGCGAGGCAAACUACGACAGACAAAUCGUGACCAUAUCAGGCACCGAUGGCAAGAUAAUCGGUUAUGCUAGGCCACAGCGCCCAAAUCAGGGAAAAGGCAGUGAUGCAUCUGCUGAGUCUGGGUCUGAAGUGGAAGAUGCUACAUCUCCUACUGCACCAAGGACCCUCAUAACGAACCCUUCUUUGACCCCUGUUCAUGAGGAGUCAAAAUUUGCAGCACAUGCAUCCACGUCUGCUGCUCGCCCCACAAUUGAAGAGAGCAUCCCUGUCGUUGACAAGGUUGUGGACGACGGAUGGAGCAGCCCCAGAGCUAGUCCAACGUCUUCUUCCUCAGGUUCAUUGUCCUUGAGAAAUCUACCGACCACAUUCGAAGGAAUUCGGACCUUGGCUGUCGCAUGGCUGACAGUCUUCAUCGUGACCCUUUUCGCUAUGCUUCGAAGUAUCCCGAGCAGAAUGGCCAAAAGGCUCUCGAACCAAUCCAAUGAUCACGACCACUAUUACGUGGACUGCCCUCAAGAGCAAGAGCACAAAGAGGAAUUCCGACCUCCAUCUCCUGCCCCGUCCUACACGGAGAAAGAAAUUCUUUCAACUCUGGUAAGACGGCUAGGUGAGCUGGAGGAGAAGGUGCAGGCGCUCGAAGCAAAGCCAUCUGAGAUGCCAUUUGAGAAGGAGGAGCUGCUCAAUGCGUCCGCCCGCCGCGUCGAUGCCUUGGAAGCCGACUUGAUUUCUACAAAGAAGGCCCUCUACGAGGCGCUAAUGCGUCAGGAUGAGCUGCUCGCGUUCAUCGACAAGCAAGACAUGCUCAAGUUUCGCAAGAAGAAAUUCUGCUUCUGAGGAGCUUAGACGACGAUGUGGGGGACGGAGGCACUUCACCGGUGGAGCUUUUGGUGCAUAAAUUCUGGAUCGAUCGGUCGCCAUGAUCAUGCUCUCCGUGCGCAGAGCUAACCAUUGGUACAUAUUUAUGUAUAAGUUGUUGGUGUAAAUGCAUGUAAUUUGUGUGUGGGAAAAGAAGGCGCGCUGUAUAUCUGUUUGUAUAUUGGGCUGUGGACUGCUGAGGCUGAGGAUCCUGAAAUCACCACGGUAUAUGAUGUGUUGGAGUUGUUGUUCCAUGGUGCAUGAUCAAAUUUGCAUCAUAUGAUUGAAUGCGUGAUCUUUUUGUAGCAUGGUCAGUUUAUAUUGUAUAUAUGUAUCAUUGGAUGAACCGAUUGUGAC